UAACCGUCUGGCUGUUCUCACCAGCGGUUCCAGCUCAUGAUACUCAUCAAUCUUUUAGAUAAUUCUUCUAUUUGAAGACUCUACACCGGCCAUGCCUUUGAGGCCACUCCCAGCCUCGGGUAGUGCCCAUUCCCUAUAUCGGCGCCAUUACCUUCAGCUUCCACCCCGCCAGUCAACAUUCCCCCAACCUCGCCGCCUUCAACGCAGAUUCAUCCAUCCCAACGAAUUCAAGCCCCUCGUCCCUCCGUCCCCAAGCUCCCUCGGAAAGGCUGCGCCCGCAAAAACAUACACUCGAACCCGAAAAUGGCUCCGACGACUAUUCUACAUCUCCCUCACGACGGGCAUCAUUUGUGUCAUUGAUAGAACUUUUUACGCCUCUUCGCUUACACGCACAGCGCGCACGUUCGGGUUAGGACUUGUGGUUGCUUUAGAUUACAAGAUAAAUUUCAGACCAGACCCCCCAUUCGCAUCGUCUAUUGCGGCGGUUCAUCAGCGCAAUGCGGAACGGUUGUCGGAUCUGUUACGCCACAAUGGAGGGUUAUAUCUCAAAAUCGGCCAGGCAAUAGCCAUGCAAUCCGCGAUCUUGCCUCCGGAGUUUCAGAAAAUGUUUUCGAGAAUGUUUGAUGAUGCGCCGCAGAAUGAUUGGAAGGAUGUUGAGAGGGUUGUGAGGGAGGAUUUUGGGAAGUCGGUGGAGGAUGUCUUUGGGGUUUCGUUUACGGGGGAUCCGACAAAGGGUGUGAUGGAGAGGAGGGCUAGGGCUAGUGCAAGUGUUGCGCAGGUGCAUUGGGCGCGGUUGGCGGAUGGUCGUGAGGUUGCGAUUAAGAUUCAGAAGAGGGAGAUUGCGGCGCAGGUUCAGUGGGAUUUGUGGGCUUUCAAAAUUGUGUCGUGGAUCUAUAGUCGAUGGUUCGAUAUUCCAUUUUACAACUUAGUCCCGUUUGUUACUGAGCGCCUGUUCCUUGAAACGGAUUUUGAGAAUGAGGCGAGAAACGCCGAGCAAAUGGCAGAGUUUGUCGCAAAUGAGCCGCGUCUACGGAACAGAGUCUACAUUCCAAAGGUGUAUCAUGAAUUCAGCUCGAAGCGAGUCAUGACCGCGGAGUGGAUUGAAGGUGUCCGUUUAUGGGAUAAAGAAGCAAUCACCCGUCCAUGGAGAGGCGGCUGGCGCGAGGGAAGUCCAGGAUCACACGGUACACCACUAGAUCCCCCCGAUAAACAAAUCCCCAGUCGGGAAGAGCUUGCAAAGCGAAGUGUGGCAUCAUUAAAAAUCAAGCCUGAGCGUACCCACUGGAAAGGCUGGAAGGAACGUGGAGGUCUCGGCCUGUCCCUAAAAGAAGUCAUGACGACCAUGGUCGAUCUUUUCUCUGCACAAAUGUUCUUGUGGGGCUGGGUUCACUGCGACCCUCAUCCAGGCAACAUCUUUGUCCGGCGCCAGCCCAACGGCAAACCCGAACUCGUCCUCAUCGACCACGGUCUCUACAUCCAAAUGAGCCCGAGCUUCCGACAUGAGUACGCCCGAUUCUGGAAAGCGCUCAUGACCUUCGACAACAAAACCCUAAAAGAAGUCGCCGGCAAUUGGGGUAUAAGUAACCCGGACAUCUUUGCAACCGCAACACUGAUGCGUCCUUACCGCGGCGGUAAAAAAUCCGAAUCAAGUCGCAAAAAUAUCGAAGAACUUACCAAGCAGGAACGACAACAACUCCUGUACGAAAGACAACAAGCUAUCCGCAAAACGAUCCGUGAAAUGCUCAGCGACGAAACCAAAUGGCCCCAUGAACUAGUCUUUAUAGGCCGAAAUUUGCGUAUCGUCCAGGGAAAUAAUCAAUUCCUCGGCAGUCCCGUGAAUAGAGUCAAGAUUACAGCGACAUGGGCAUCGCGUGCCCUCGCCGAGUCACCAGAUAUACCAUUAUCGGAGCGGAUCCGCAACUAUGGCGGUCAUAUCGUCUUCCAUUUCGUCCUGUUUACGUCCGAUCUCGUGUUUUAUAUCUCUAAAAUUAGACAACUACUCGGCUGGGGUGGUGGGAUGGAAGAUGAUAUCGAGAAGCAGAUGAAGCUUAUGGCUAGGGAUAUGGGCGUUGAGGUGGAUGAUAGUCUUUUUGAGGGUUGAUUCUUGGCUCCUUGAUUCUAGACUAUGUAUAGAAGUAUGACACCGUGUAUUAUAGACUCUACUCUGAAGAAUAUAUCAUGUUG